GAGUUUUUUUAGAGGAUCCCAAGCAAAUCUGUCAGGCUAGGGAUAUUUUCAAUACUACUACUAUUUUUAAUAAUUAAUUACUACUAUUAAUAAUAACAAUAGCAGUCGUUUAUUGAGUCCCUAAACUGUGCUAAAAGUUUGUUCUAAUACAUUUAACCUUCCCGGCACUCUGUGAGGUAGAUAAUAUUGUAAUGCCAUGAGGGGCCUGAGGAUCAGAGAAGGUGAAUCACUUGGCUCAGAUCACAGAGCUCGUAUGUUACGGAAUCUAGUCAAACUUGGUUUGCCUGAGUCUGAAGUCCAUCUCCUUCAUGAGCCUGUAUAGAACCUGCUUUCUUUUUUCUUCCUAACUUCCUUUUAUUCUGUUUCCCACUGAAUAGAGGACACAAGCCAGUCAAGGUUGCCUGACAUUCAACAGCCACGCCCUGGACACCUGAUCUCAGCCCCACUUUGCCUCUCUGGCUGUGCACUCUUGGCUCCCUCCCCAGCCCACAGCCAUGGCCACCAUGGUGGCCCAGAAGCUUGGCCACCUCCUGCCCAGUUUGUGGCAGGUCCCCCAGGAGCCUCGGCCGGCGCAGCCAGAGCCUGUGUUCACGGUGGACCGGGCCAUGGUGCCCCGCCUCUUCUGGAAGCCGUACAUCUACGCGGGCUACCGGCCGCUGCACCAGACGUGGCGCUUCUACUUCCGCACGCUGUUCCAGCAGCACAACGAGGCGGUCAACGUCUGGACCCACCUGCUGGCGGCCCUGGUGCUGCUGCUGCGGCUGGCCGUCUUCGUGGGCACCGUGGACUUCUGGGGAGACCCCCAUGCGCUGCCCCUCUUCAUCAUCGUCCUCGCCUCCUUCACCUACCUCUUCCUCAGUGCCUUGGCUCACCUCCUGCAGGCCAAGUCCGAGUUCUGGCACUACAGCUUCUUCUUUCUGGACUACGUGGGUGUGGCCGUGUACCAGUUUGGCAGUGCCCUGGCACACUUCUACUAUGCCAUCGAGCCUGCCUGGCACGCCCAGGUGCAGACCAUUUUCCUGCCCACGGCCGCCUUUCUCGCCUGGCUUUCCUGCACCGGCUCGUGCUAUAACAAGUACAUCCAGAAGCCCGGCCUGCUGGGCCGCACGUGCCAGGAGGUGCCCUCGGCGCUCGCCUACGCGCUGGACAUCAGCCCGGUGGCACACCGCAUCCUGGUGUCCCCCAACCCUGCCACGGAUGACCUUGCUCUUCUCUACCACAAGUGCCAGGUCGUCUUCUUCCUGUUGGCUGCUGCUUUCUUCUCGGCCCUGAUGCCUGAGCGCUGGUUCCCUGGCAGCUGCCACCUCUUUGGGCAGGGCCACCAGCUCUUCCAUGUCUUCUUGGUGUUGUGCACACUGGCUCAGCUGGAGGCUGUGGCGCUGGACUAUGAGGCCCGGCGGGCCAUAUAUGAGCCACUGCAUACCCGCUGGCCCCACAACUUCUCCGGCCUCUUCCUGCUUACCGUGGGCAGCAGUGUCCUCACCGCGUUCCUCCUGAGCCAGCUGGUACGGCGCAAACUGGAUCAGAAGACCCAGUGAAGGGAGGUGGCAGCUGGUAGGGAGGGAGGUAGAGUGGGAGCCCAGGGGUCCAGGCUUGGCUCCACAUAGGAACAAGGCCUGGUAAAGUUGUUUGUGUCUGG